CUGAGUGCAUGUGGUAGGGAGGAGAAAGAUACGAGGAAGGGACGAAACCGCGAGGAACGUAGUAGAUGAAUAUACGACUAUACUCUGUCUACACACUCCAUCAUUGCAGUGGGGGAACUGAGGGGUACACAUCAUUUUGGUUUUUUUUGAGUAACGUAUAACUUAAAUGUGCUUUAUGGAUUCGGAGAGUAUUUUUCUACUGCUCCUUUUUACAACACUUUGGGUAACUUUGGACAAAGCAACACGAAGAAGAGCAAUAUAAAAGUAUGCUCGGAAACUUUGAAAGGAUUCUAAACCCAUCUAGGUUGGGAGAUGUGUGAAGGAGUGUGAGGGACGGCCAUGGGAUUGGAGAGACUGUGGCUUCUGGGUGUCACCACUGUUGUUGCCCUCUGUCUGCUUCGUACGUCCCAGGGUGUGGAGGCGGUGGUCCGAGCCAGGGUUGGGGGGACUGCAGAGCUAGGUUGCAGUCUUACCCCCCCUUCUACAGGAGCCACCACCCCAAACUUGUUCCCACUGCACGUGGUGGAGUGGGUUCGUCUGGGUUACAAUGUUCCCAUCCUCAUCAAAUUCGGAGUGUACGCGCCACGCCUGCAUCCCAACUACAAGGGCCGUGUGUCUCUGACCCGGGGGGCCUCGCUGCUGGUGGCAGGGCUGAGCCUGGAGGACGAGGGCUGGUUCGAGUGUCGCAUCCUGCUCCUGGACCGCACCACAGACGAGUUCCGCAAUGGCACCUGGACCUUCCUUUCCAUCACAGCCCCACCUGUAUUUAUCAAGACUCCACCUACCUUUGUGGAAGUCCUGCUAGGGGACUCCCUGACCCUCAGCUGUGGUGCCCAUGGUAACCCUCGACCAACUGUUAUCUGGCAUAAAGAUGAGACCCCAAUUGAGAAACAUGAAAAGAUGGUGGUGCUCAAUGGCACCUUAUCUUUGGCCCCCGUCACCAGAGAGACAUCAGGAAUGUAUAAAUGUCAUGUGUCCAACUCGGAGGGGAAUCUGACCCAUACUACCCAGCUGCAGGUCAAAGGUCCUCCACUCAUCAUCAUCGCCCCAGAGGACACCACCCUCAACAUAUCCCAGGAUGCAGUUCUGCAGUGCCAAGCUGAGGCCUAUCCCUCCAACCUCACCUAUGAGUGGUGGAAACAGGGACAGAAUGUCUACCAUAUAGACUAUCUCAAGACCCGUGUGAAGAUCUUAGUGGACGGCACACUCCUCAUCCCUAGUCUUGUCCCAGAGGACACUGGGAUUUACACCUGUAUACCAACCAAUGGGCUGAUGACCCCACCCUCUGCCUCAGCACACCUCAAAGUCAAACACCCUGCCCGGGUGGGCCGGAUGCCCAGGGAGACGUAUCUACCUACGGGCAUGAGAGGAGUCAUCUUCUGCCCAGUCCAGGCUGAGCCCCCCAUGCUCUUUGUCAACUGGACCAAAGAUGGGAACAAUUUAAAUCUUGACAAUGUCCCUGGCUGGAUGGUGAACUCCGAGGGUUCAGUGUUUAUAGCCACAGCCAAUGACGAUGCAGUGGGCAUGUACACCUGUACUGCCUAUAACAGCUAUGGAACCAUGGGCCAGUCUGAACCCACUAAGGUUAUCCUGCAGGAUCCGCCCUCAUUCUCUGUGUCCCCUCGUGCUGAGUACCUGCAGGAGGUGGGCCGGGAGCUGGUCAUCCCAUGUGAGGCAGAUGGAGACCCCUCUCCCAAUAUCACCUGGAGCAAGGUUGGUCCCACUCCUCGCUCCACAUACACUGUGCUGUCCAACGGCUCCCUCCUCCUGAAGCCUCUCAGAAAAGACCACCAGGGGGGCUGGGAGUGCCUUGCCACCAACCGCGUGGCCACCAUCAGCACUGGCACUGUGGUCUUGGUUCUGGGCACCAGCCCUCAUGCUCCCUCAUUCGUGUCAGUAAGCACUGGGAUGAACCAGGCCAAUGUGUCCUGGGAACCUGGAUUUGAUGGAGGAUACACCCAGAAAUUUACUAUCUGGGUUAAGCAGGCUUCCAGAGGGAAACAUGAGUGGGCAUCUCUCCCAGUGCCCACGUCCAAGUCCCACCUGUUGGUGACAGGGCUGCUGGCUGGCACCAGCUACCAGUUCAGUGUCCUGCCUCAGAACAAACUGGGCUCUGGGCCCUUCAGUGAAAUCACCUCUGUCAGGACGCAGGCCCUGCCAACAGAUUCACCGACAGUGGUGACCACUUUACCAACUAUCGACUCUCCCUUGUUCCUGUCAGCCAAUCGGACGGUGCUUGGGAUUGUCCUACAGUGGUAUGCUCCUGAGUCUCAGGCCACACCCCUCACUGGGUAUGUCCUCCAGGCUCGGAGGGACAGAGGCCAAUGGGUCAUUCUCAACAGCGCUGUGAAGGCCAACCAGAGUGAACUACUGGUACAAGGAUUACUGAGGGACUGCAUUUAUGAUCUGAGAUUGAUGUCUCGCAGUAACAAACUACUGAGUGAGCCCAGUGAGUCUGUCAAUGUGAACACCACAGGGAUGGAGAUGUACCCUGUCUGGCCAGGCUUCCUGGAGUUUGUCCCUGAGCCCUUAUUGGCUGGUGUGUUGGGUGGAGUGUGCUUCCUGUUCCUGGCAAUCAUCCUCUCCUUGGUGACAGCCUGUGUUAUGAGUCACAGAAGAGCCCAUCGGCGCAGGAAGAGGAGAGAUGAUCUCCCCUCUGCCUUCCAGAAGAGUCCUUCUCCAGAAGCUCGCUCGCCUUCUGACAGCCCCGACAGCGUUCUGAAGAUGAAGCUGUGUCCUCCCCUGUCUUUCUUCCCCAACUCCUCAUCUUCCCAGUCUGACCGUUCCUCCUUUGAUAAAGGCAGCCGUGGAGAGUACCAGGACCAGCGCAGUCAGCUCCUUUCCAGCUCCUCUCCCCCACCCCACUACACCAUCUUUGAGAGCCACCUGGGGGGUAAGGCCCCCUCACCCUCUGCUCUGGAGUCCAUCUCAAGAGGCCCAGAUGGACGUUUCAUUGUCCAGCCCCUGCUAGAGGGGUCUACUCUUUCCAACAUUAAGAAUAACGUGAAAACAGUCUUCCUACAAACCCAAACCAAUGGGGGAGGUAGCGGCACAGGGAGCAACCAGACAUCUUUCAGAGACUCUCUAAAGUCCAGCAGUCUGAUCUCUGAGAAGGGGGAGAGAAAGGACUCCCUCCUCACAGUGGAGGUUACAGACCUCAGCAAGCCCCCUGCUUCCCCGGGUAGAGUGAGGGCCAUGGCCAGGAACUUCUCCCGUCAUGGCUGCUUCUACUCUGAUGACGAGCAGGGCAUCUCAGAGGCUCUGCUGGAGAGAGCCAGCUUCUACUCCGACAGCAGUGAGAAGAGAGCCUGUGACUCCCUGAAAAGAAACCAUGCUGGGCACCCAGAGGACAUCUUCGCCAGCCUGGGCAGGAGAGCCAGACUGCUGGAGAGGAACAGGCAUCACCAAGCAGGCUACCAUCCCAUGGGGAGAGAGAGCCAGCUGACCAACGCCAGCACACUGGUCUCACAGAUUGAUACAAGUGAACAAGAGCGGGAUAACCUCAGCAAGUGUCUGCAGUUGGCUAAAGAGAGGGAGGAGAUGGAGAGGGAGCUGGAGAACUAUACCGCCAGCCAGAGGGCAAGGGAGCAGGAGAAAGGUGGGCCUGAGAAGGCAGCAAACCCUAACAGGGAACUGGGCAGUUCAGGGGCUGAGGAUCCUAUAUGGAAGCCACAAAACAUUACCUUACGUCCCAAAGCUCACCGGGCUUCCGGGCAGACCCAUCAGCUGUCGGACUAUAGGAGGGCCUGCUACUUUGGGAACACCAGCAGCCCAAUGGACCGGCUCCCUUCCUCCUAUAUCCAAUGGGACAUCAGCCCAGUCACAUCCAUCAACAGCCUAAUCCCAGUGCAGAGCCCCUUAGAGAGCACCACACCAAGGUUCCAACAUCCUCACCAAUGUCACGUUGGGCCGGCCAUGGAGGACUCGCUACCUGAGGACUGCUCACGCUCCCCAGUCACUCAAUGCACCUCUCUAUCUCUGCUCUCCCCUACCUCAGAAAGCCCACCUAUUGGUCGAGGAACAGCCAGAGGCAGACCCAGGUCGAGGAGUCCUGACAGAACUGUAGAAAGAGAGCAGGACACGUAUCAUAGAAGGUCUAUGGUUGAGGAAGGCUGGAGGGAAAAGAAGCAGCCAGGGGGAGGUGCCUUAAAACCAAGAUCGUCCUUUGCUUAUGGUACACAGCAUCUGGAGCCAGCAGCUGAAAGUGUCAGAUCUGUUUCAGCAGAUCAAGUAAGGGCCACAAGUCCUGGUCAGCCUUACCCAGACACUGCAUCAUAUAGUCUUUCUGAGAAAACAGAAACAAUAGAUUACCUUAGGGAGAGAGUUUAUCAGAGUCCUUCUAGUUAUUCUACUUUGCCCUAUGAGCUCCACAAAGCAGGGGCCAAAGGGAAAGUAAGAGAUGAUAAGAUUGGGGAUGACCCUCGGAGUUCACUGUUAUACCCUGAGCAGGAGAGAGAGGGUGACAGGACACGCUCCAGAAGGAGUGAUAGGGCUCUUUUUAGUGACAGCCCCAGUCGUAUUUCUCCCUUAACUCUUCUCGAAGAGUGUGAUAGUGACCAGUCCCAGUUCUCUGUUGCCAGAGUCUCAGAGUCUUUCAAGAAUAAGCCGACAAACCAGGCUCCCAAAAUGUCCCCACUGCAGACAAGUGCAAUUCUGGAGUAUUUGAGCCUCCCGGGUUUCAUUGAGAUGAGUGUGGACGACCCUGGGGAUGAAUCUGAACUCACAGACACUACUUGCCAAAGCGUAGAGCCACAGACAGAGACUUCUCUGGAAGGUAAGCCAGACGUGGUUCCAAAAAACUGGGAAGUUCAUGUGCAGGAGAACCUUGAGACAAGUUCAUGCCCCAAAAAAGUUUCUUUUUUAGAAAACAGGCACUCUGUUGGUCCAGCAGCAACUUCAGAAGCAGUUGAAAAGCCAGCCUAUAGAUACUCUCUGCAAGUGGAAGCAAGAGAUUCAAGCCACAAAGCUGGGAUUCCAGACCAGUCAACAAAACAAUCACCUGCUUCAGAACUCACAGGGCAUUAUCGUCACAACCAUGAGCAGUCACAACCACUUAUUAGUCAAAAGACCACAGCCUCAGAGAGACCACUAUCGAGAAUGGGUUUAAGUCCAGCCCAGACGUUGGUUAGUGCAGCUAAAAGCAUGGCAGACGUUGUGUCAAAACACACUGACACUUUUGCAGGUAAACCAGAGUCAGCUUCAGAACAAUCCCAAAGACUUCAUUCUCAGGGCAACAGGACUAAUAAAAUAGCCUCCAAGAUCCAUCAACCCCAUGCACCGUUCAUGAAGAAGUCUCUGAGCAUCGGCCCCUGCAGAACACUCUCAGGCAUGGGACAGCCUCGUCCAUUUCUGAAGAAAUCCAUCAGCUUAGGGUCACAGAAAUGGGAGCAUUUUGAAAGCCCAAGGACUUAUGUCUCAGAGAAAUGUUACUGGGAUGAGUUCCCAAACCCAGACGUCCGGGUCAAGUCCUAUAGUUUAGGACGCACCCCUGCAUCCUCCUUCUCCAGGCCAGGCCCCUCGUGGCGAGAAGGGGUCCCUUUUAGACGGCCAAGUGUAAGCAGCUUGGAAAGGCCUAGGUAUGCUGAAAAAUCAUUGGAGAGGCCUCAGUAUGACAGAUCCUUAGCCAGCUCUUCCUAUACCUACCUCAGCUCCUCCAUGUACCCACCAAGGCAACCCCCAGGCUCUGCUAGACGAGACCUAUCUGAUCCACGUAGACAGGCCACUGCUUAUCCUGAUGCAUCCAGGUCGCCUAUCACAUAUCAGGAUGCCCUGAGGUCUGUACAGCACAGAUAUGUCCCUAUGGAUUCCUCAAUACCCCAGUACCCACCCAGACCAGACCAGUACCCACCCAGACCAGGCAUGAGGGGGGACUACCCCAGACCGAUCGAGUCCAAGAGGGGCCCACCGAGGCCCAACCUGCCCCGGAUGUAUAGCUGGCCCUCACCCUACCAUGGUGGCCCUUUCCCACCCAGAGAUGUAGACAGUUAUAGACAGGCAGAGAGAGGGACAGGUAAGGGGGCAGGAGCUGAGGUAGAGAUGAGAGACAACAGGGAAGGAGGGAGGGCCAGUUAUGCCAGCCAGAGCAGUGGCAGAGGUAGCGUUGGCCUCCUCCGCCAGUCCCUCUCUAUCACUCCCACCCUUCUCAGCUCCCCAGAGACAACUGAGGAUAGUGAGACACAGAGACACAGAGCUGAGAUGGAUCUACGUGAGUGGAGAAAAAAAAGAAGGAACACAUCAGUAGAUGAGAGUUAUGAGUGGGAUUCCGCUGAUGUCUGUGUGGACUCGGAAGUCCUGGCGGCCAUGAAGCCACAGGCAGGGGUAGGGAAGGGCAGGGGGGAGGGCAGGCAUGAUCGACCCCGUUCCGCGGCUGGCCUCCAGGACCUCCACAGGAAAGGCCCGCCUCCCACAGUCAGGCCACGAGUUUCCAACCCACCUCGCUGCCAAUACAGCCGCUCCCUAAGUGAGGCGCGCUUCAACGCACUCCGCCUAGAGUAUCAGGAGUACAGGCGUGCUCAGGAAACCUCCUGCACCAGUGAUCCCUGCCUCCCCCCUGACACAGACUCUGACUCCAACUCAGCGCUCCUCUAACCGCCUGCCCACCCUGAUAUUUCAAACAAAGGAAGCAAAUAGAUUCUCAGAUGCACAGAAUACAGCACUGUGGUCCUCGAUAUAUGCUGGAUAUAUUUAUUGAAGCUUUGUGAUACCGCGACACCUAAUUUUUAUAUGUACAAAAUCCAUAUCCUCAACAGUUCAAUUGGAUCAUCUUUGGACAGAACACUGUCAAAAGUAUAACCAACUGAAAGACAGGAUAUGCUGCUUGAUCAUAUGGAGCACAACGUACACAACAAUUGCCACAGAUAUUGAUACCUGUGUUGUGUGCCAUCAUUAUUGACACAGAAUAAUACUUGGCCCUGUUUGAAGCCUGUUAUGAGAUGCUGGAUAUUUAUAUUUCUUGUGUUUUGUGUAAUCAACACAAACAGUAUUUUGCAUUUAGAGCCACCAAUCCUCUAGGUAAAUGGCUUGUGCUUUGAGUGAGUGAGCCUUCAUCUUUGUAUUGCAUCGUUACAGUGGGUAGCUCAUCAUUACCUGAGUAGAAAACUUUUUUUUUUUUUUAAAUUAAUUUCCCAAUUACAAUCUUGUCACAGGUGAAUCUCCCUCAUUUAUGUGUUUGUAAUCAUCCUCAGUUUUCUCAGCAGAGUAUUUCAGACUAACAGGAAAGUGUUGAGUGAUUGCUUGUAAGAGUUAACAGUGUCAAUGUGUUCAUGUACUGUAGCCCUAGACAAUUAAAUCUUGUAUUUUUGGUACCAUAAAAACUCAACAUCUUAAUCCUCGAUCAUAUGAAAAAGAAUUCACGCUGACAUUUCUUGACUUUAAAAAUAUCUUCUGUUGUUCAUGACAGGGAAAAGUUCUGUAUCAUCUUUGCUUUACCUUUGUCAAAAAUACGGUAGUUCACCGUUCACAAAUAUGGUUAAACAGAUUCCCAAAUUAAGCAUAUAUUAAAUUAUUGGAGAUCAAGAAUAACAAUAUGGCUUGAGAUUAAGUACUGUAUAUAUUUUAAUAAUCUACAUCUUUCUUUUUUUAUAUUUUGUACUACAAGCAUAAUUGAGCAUUAUUGUAUAUUUAUUAACAUGACUUUUGAUAUGCAACAAUGUUUACAUGCAAGUUCACAUCAUUGAUGUGAAAACCACACUGUGAAUAUACUCCAUUAAGAUGAAUUAUAUGUUGGAAUAAGACGUCUCCAUUUAUUGUUGUACAUUUUCUGCACAAAAUUGUGUCCUGACUUUUGUUAUGUAAUGACAAAACUGUACUUUUGUACUUUAUACUGGAACUGUUUUACAGUAACCAAAAAAGAAAAAAGGAAGGAAAAGUAAAAAGGAAGGAAUUGAAGCCUGUAUUAUAAUUCAGGAGCAGCUGUAAAUCUGUACAUUUGGAGUACAUAAACAUGUUUUUGUUUUGUACCAACUGGGUUGAAAAAAAAUAAUCUGCUCAUUUGGUUGUUCUUAUUAUAAUUUGUAUAUGUUUGUAUUGAAUAAAUUGUUUUAUUCUGAAUGUA